AAACUAUUUUAAUUCUACUUUUUCAUUGGUUAAUUUGCUAGCAACUUACUUAAAAAACCCAAACCCUCUACUUCAAGGAAAAUUGGAUUUUUAAGUAAACCCUAGAAAUAAAACUGCAGACUGUCAAACCCCGUCCACUGGGUGUUGCCGGGAUUGGGGAGUUGCAGGCGAGGAGAAAUGGGGGCUUAUAAGUACAUUGAGGAGCUAUGGAAGAAGAAACAAUCGGAUGUGAUGAGGUUCUUGCAGAGGGUGAGGUGCUGGGAAUAUCGGCAGCUUCCUGGCAUAGUCAGAGCUAACAGGCCCACAAGGCCUGAUAAGGCCCGCCGUCUAGGUUAUAAGGCCAAGCAGGGUUAUGUCAUUUACCGUGUGAGGGUUAGACGAGGAGGCCGGAAGAGGCCUGUUCCUAAAGGUAUUGUGUAUGGUAAGCCAACAAAUCAAGGUAUCACUCAGCUUAAGUUCCAGCGAAACUUGAGAUCUGUGGCAGAAGAGCGAGCUGGGCGGAAGUUGGGAGGGCUAAGAGUUUUGAACUCUUACUGGAUAAAUCAGGAUUCAACCUACAAAUACUUUGAAAUAAUCCUUGUUGAUGAAGCACACAAGGCUAUCCGAAAUGAUCCUAGAAUAAACUGGAUAUGUAAUCCUGUUCACAAGCACAGGGAACUUAGAGGACUAACCUCUGCUGGGAAAAAAUAUAGGGGUUUACGAGGAAGAGGCCACCUCUUUCACAAGAAUCAACCCUCAAGGCGUGCGACUUGGAAGAGGAACAACAGCCUUUCUCUCCGACGGUACCGUUAGAUUGCAGGCCCUUUAUAGGCCAUUGUGGGGAUGUCUUCAGAUAUUUCUACACAUUCCAAGUUCUUUGUGCCGCUAUUCAGACAAAUGCUGGCAUAGGUUUUGUAGAACUCGGUGGUUUUUAAUUCUUGUCUCGGCAGACAAAUGAGUGGAUUGCUUUCAAUGGAAUUUUGUUAGGACUUCGUUUUGAAAUUUUCUGUUAAAAAACCAUUUGAAUUCAUAUCAUCUAGCUUUAAUACAUAUAUUUUUUCCAA